CCAAUUUUUGGAAUGGGGGGAAACUGGGGAGACUGGGAACUGAACUGCCGAAGACUCCAACCAACCGUCAAUUAACAGCCGUCACAGCUCAUCACUCGCACAACCGAAAAGAAGAAAGUAGAAAUCUUGUUGAAAAAAGAGAAGCAAAAAUUUGAUCUUGGUCUUACUUUUUUGUCUUUUACCAGACCCGACUAGCAGCAAGACAGAUUAUUAGUCUUGAAAACUACCCAAAAAGAUAGAAUAAUCUUUCUGGGUUGUAGUUUUUUUGAUCAAGAAAUGGUGAAAAUCCUGGAUGGUGCUAAUGUGCUGGAAGAAAUGAAUUAUGGGUUGCUGAAAGAUCUUAGAGUAGAAUUGAAAGAUUCUGAUACAGAAGAAAAUGGGGCUUUCUGUUUUUCUUUCUGGCUUUACCUCGCUAACUAUGGUUCUCCCCUGCCCUGCGGAAUUCUUCACCAGGAGCACAUAGAUAUAAAUUCUAGUGUACCUUUUCUUCUGUUGAAUGAGAAGAAGAAAAUGAUGCUACUUCCUGUCAUUUUUCUACAUAAAGAGGCUUCCAUGCUUGUUGGUUUGAAUCCUUUGACAGAAGUCCCUUCCGUUGUUACCCAAUUUGAUAUUCCUUUGAAGAAAUGGGUUCAUGUUGGAUGUGAGGCCUCACAAAAUAGUUUACGACUUCGUGUUAAUGGGGAGAUUGUAGGAGAGAAACAUUUGUCGCCUGUUCUAAACGAUGAAUUGCAUGCAGACGGCAUGAAAAGAAGAGCUUUGCCUUGCAUCAUUGGAGAGUACCAAGGAUUUCAGGGUUAUGUUCAUUUUGCAAAAUUAUCACCUUCAGGACUACCUUUAAAAACUCACUGCAUUGAGGAUCCUCCUCUACAAUUAUCAAUUGAUAGUUCAAGUGCUUCUGACAUUGAAGAAGACAGUGAUGGCAUCUGGAGCAUUGUUGGUGGCAAGGCAUCCUGUCGAAGGAAUUUCUCCUUGGAUGUAACUUUGUUAGAUGCCUUUGACCAGCCUUUGAUCAAAGAAAUGGAGGUUGUUGCUUCACUUUUGUAUGCCGACAACAAUGAACCUGUUCCAGAGACCAAUGAUGGAGAAGCUCCCCUUCUUACGAGCUAUGAUGGAAUUGAAUAUGCUUCUUCUGAUAGACCUAGCAAACUAAUCAGUGGGCGUGCUUCUUUUAAACUUAAGAUGUCUCAGCUAUCAUCCAAGUGUGAUAAUAGGCUUUUCCGCAUCAGGUUUGAAAUUCCGAAAAUUCGAUAUCCUUUCCUUGAGGCAUUCUCUCCUCCAAUUCGGUGUAUUUCACGGAGUCGAAAUGCCCGAGCAUCUUCUAUUACCCUAAAGAAGUUACCUUCUGGAGUACAUCUUCUCAAUGGAUCUCAAUCUCCUGGGCUGGAUGAUAGAUCCUCAGAGCUUUUGAACAGUGUUGUACGUGAAGCAAAACCAAGUCCAUCGUCAAAGCGGGUGAAAUUGGGACAGGAGAAACCAUUUGAAAUCUUUGCUGAUUCUUUCACAUCCAAGAGAGCUGACAAAGAAUGUAAAUCUUAUGCCUUUACCACCACUGAGGGCAAUCAUACAUAUGGCUCUAAUUUGGUGAGGAAACCAGAGAACCAUGAUGGAUCGGACAACUUCUCAUCUGAUUCAGAGACUAGUGAAACAACAAAAUCAGAUUUGAUGAGCAUACCAAGUAGUACAAAUCAACUUUCGGACAUGGUGGUUUUCAAAUACUGUCUCGGAGGCCUAUCUGAAAGGGCUGUUCUGCUGAAGGAAAUUGCUUUAUCUGCAAGAGAAGAAGAGCUAGUGAAGUUUGCAGAUCAGGUUUCUCUAUUUUCAGGUUGUUCCCACCACAGACAUCAGAUAAUGAUUGCAAAAAGAUUGAUAGAGGAAGGAAUUGAAGCAUGGAAUUUAAUAUCUCAGAAAAACGACCAUGUUCUUUGGGAGAAUUUGCUUUCUGGGGUUAAAGAGCAUUUUAUGAAGAUAGUGCCCUGUGGUACCAGAUCUUUAACACACCAGGAUUUGGAACUUCUUAGGAGAAUUUCUGGUUGUCAGGAGUUAGUGUCACAGGAUCAUUUUGAGAAAAUGUGGUUUUGGCUGUACCCAGUAGCUUUAUCAUUGUCUCAAGUCUGGAUAAAUGCACUAUGGAGUUCUGCGUCACCCAAAUGGAUAGAAGGGUUCAUUACAAAGGAAGAAGCAGAGUCCUCUCUUCAAGGUCCAGGAGGCUUUCAAGUGCCAGGGACUUUUGUACUGCGUUUUCCUACAUCAAGGAGUUGGCCUCACCCAGAUGCUGGUAAUCUGGUUAUAACUUACAUUGGUAGUGACUAUGCUAUUCAUCACAGGCUGCUGUCUCUUGAUCUCAUGUAUAGUUCAAGGGACAGGACAGUAAGACCUCUACAGGAUAUGCUGCUUGAAGAACCGGAGCUCUCUCGAUUGGGAAGGAUUCAAAGAAUUCAUUAGGCCAGUCAUCCGUUGAAAUGUAACCUUAUGUUUAUCAAACUUUCGACCAAACUUUUUAAGAGCAAAACUAGUCAAAAAAGUUGCAGCCAUCUACUGUGGAAUAUGACUAGCAUUGAGCAUUUUCUUCCUUCCAGCUGAUUAUAGAAGGUGAUGCUGAAAAUGCGCUGCAGAAGUUUGGAAGGAUUGUGGUCUUGUAUAUAUAUGUGUUUGUGCGAGUAUGCAGUGAUUGUAAAUCCUGAGGGCCUUUUUUCCAAAAUUGUUUACAACAGUUUUUAGAAUGCCGAUGAAAAGUAUCAGUCUUGGUUUCCUUUUAGCUGAUUAAAAUGAGUGUAGUAUUGUCAUUAAGGAGCGGAUGAAAUUAAAUUUUGUAACAGGCUGAGAUAUGGCUUUGAACGGAGCAUUGGUACAUUGCCAAAUGAUGCAAUAUAAAUUUUUUUGUUCA